AUGCAAAGGGCCACCAAUGAAUGGAACGCGACUGAGACCGGGCCCUGGGAUUGGAGGUUGAACAAGGAAAACGUCACACGAUUUAUGGAAGAGGGUAUUCGCAGGAUGGAAUCCAACGAAAGCUAUGUGACGCUGGGUAUGCGCGGCCCAAGUGAUAGUGCGAUAGUUGGUGACGAUGCCCUGGAGAUACUUCAAGAAGUUUUUGAAGUCGAGCGUCAGAUCUUCAAAGAAGUACUAGGUGAUCAGAAAGUGAACCGUAAGAAAGCAUGGACGAUAUAUAAGGAAGUGGCGACGUACUAUGCAGCCGGACUCAACCCUCCCGAUGAUGUCACUAUCAUCAUGCCCGAUGAUAACCAUGGCCAGAUUCUGCGGUUACCCACUGGUAACGAGACUGCUAGGGAAGGCGGUGCUGGUGUUUACUUUCACUUCGAGUAUUUUGGUAGGCCGCGAUCGUACAAGUGGUCAAAUACCAACAGCUUGUCGAAAGUGUUGAAAGAGCUUUUGCAAGCUUACUGGCGCGAUGCGAACCAGGUUUGGGUCAUCAAUGUGGGUGAUAUCAAGCCUUUGGAGUUACCUCUUGGAUUCGCUAUGGACUUAGCUUGGGAUAUCUCGAAGUUCGACUUCGACAUGAUACCGGAGUAUAUGCGCCUUUACGCCGAGAGGGAGUUCGGCAUAGAAUAUGCAGAUGAUAUUGCGGCUCUAUUGAUGGAGUUCAACUAUCUCAUUGGAAUGCGCCGCUUUGAGAUGGUCCAACCAGACACGUACUCAGUAUUGAACUAUCAUGAAGCGGAAACGGUCCUGACAAGAUGGAACACGCUUGCGCGCCGAACCAAAACACUAUACGACCAGAUGCCGGACGAUCACAAAGCCGCAUUCUACGAGCUCCUGUUCUAUCCCCUAGUAUCGGGCGCCACAUACUACGCAGUAAACGUUCGCACUGGGAUGAACUACCGUCAUGCUAUGGAGCGAAGGAACUCUGCAAACGCCCUUGCUCAUCAGAUUUUGGCCGACUUCGAAUAUGACUACGAUCUAGUUGAAGGUUUCGACGCUGUCCUGGAUGGAAAAUGGCGUAACAUCAUGUCUCAGGCCAAACUCGAGACAUUCGACACAGGAAAGCCCAAGAAUUGGAUGAACCCAUCUCGUGACAUAGUGUCAAAUCUCUCCUUCGUUCAACUGCGUCAAAACAUGCAGUUCUCCGUCGGCAAUCUUGGUAUCUAUGCGGAGGGCUCCAAUAGUCCACUCGACCAGGGCCGAUGGGCUGAGUCAAUCGAUCCAUCGUUGCCUUUCACCAAGUCACCAGCCAAGGUACCGGAGAUGAGUCCCUAUGGGCCUCGUCAGCGGACUAUUGAUCUCUUUAUGCGAGGUGACUACCGCAUUCCGCUCGACUGGCAGCUCGGUGAUAUCGCGGUGGAUUGGCUAUCGAUAACACCAAGCUCUGGUAAACUCAACCAGACCGUCGACGAACAACGCCUCAACAUCACCAUCGACUGGACACGGGUGCCAGAAGGAUACAACGACACCGUAGAGGUUGAUGUAACAUCAACGCCAUCAUUCUAUCCAUAUUACGAUAUCAUACAUGUUCCAGUGAACAAUUUUAAAGUACCCAGCGAUUUCCAAGGCUUCCCAGAAACAGCAGGUUACAUAUCCAUUGAGAGCCCGCAUUAUCAGCGCUCGUCGCUCGGUAACGGCACUGCAUACAACACGGUAUCGUUUGCUCAUAUCCCCUACUUGGGCACGCGCACCGAAUCUGGCUCUAUCGCAAUACGACCUUUCCAUGCUGCCCGGGCUUCUCUUGAAGACGCUAGUAAGGCAUUUGUCGACUACGACAUCUAUCUCUUCAACCAUACCACUGCCCUAAACGCCACAAUAUACAUCAAUGCCUGCCUAGAUACCGACCCGAAUCUUCUUAUGGAGUUCUCGCUUUCCCUUGAUGACAACCCUCAACACUUCACGCGUAUGUUGGGUGACCCGAAGGACGCGGGCGAUGUGCCACCGGAGUGGACCAGUGAAGUGAUGAAUCAGGUUUGGACGAGGAAGGUCAGUCUUGGUGAAGUAGCGGAAGGGAAGCACACGCUUCGUUGGAGUGUCAAUAGUCCGGAGGUUUACUUGGAGAAGCUUGUUCUAGAUACUAGGGGCGGGGUCAAAGACAGCUAUCUAGGGCCACCAGAGACGAUGAUGGUAGGAUAUACAUGA